GUGCAAUUAAUCGGUUAUCGGUCUAAUUUUCACGGUCUCGUCGUUCUUUCGAUCGAAAGUUCGAAACACUAGUUGUAAAACCCUAAAUUUCGAACCAGUUGAAGCAGAAUUUAUGGGAGACGAACAGAAGCAGAUAUAUCAUGAAAAACAGAAGUUACAAUUUUGCCUCUUACACUCUCUCAACAAUCUAUUCCAGGAGAAGGAUGCGUUUACAAGAAAAGAUUUGGAUGAUAUAGCUGAAAAACUUGUUCAAGAAGAUCCAUAUGAAGGAAACCGGAUGCCUUUUUCAGUUAUCUUCAAGCCUCAUCAUAAUUCACUAACAGGUAAAUUAAUGGGGAUUGUGCUAAAUGUGCCUGUAAGAAAGUAUGGUGGUCUUUGGAGAAGUAGACAUUGGGUUUCUUUGAGAAGGAUUAAUGGGAUUUGGUAUAACUUAGAUAGUGACUUUACAUCUCCUUGUUCAUUUGGAAGCACUGAAGAAUUAAGGGAUUUCUUGGAUGCUGCCAUUGAUGGUGGUACUGAGCUACUUCUUGUUAAGGAUGAUGACUAG